UAAAACCGUAGUACAGGAGUCGGUUCGGUCAUACGGCUGUCUGGAUCGUUUACACUGAGUUACCGAGAUAACGGUCAACGAGAUCGGAUCCACCGCCGCCGCUGUAAUUUUUUUCCCCGGCGUUAGUACCAAGGUGUGAUUAUCGUAAAGGGUUACUUCACUUCUUUCCACUGUUGACGCUUUGCCACUGGUCGUCUGCAACGGCGCUCAAGCCGGUUAGCUGCAUAGAACUGAAUUCGUGACUGGAACAUCAGUGUUAUUGAAGCUUUUUUACAUGGUAAUAACAGAUCCUGCCCGUACGUGCUGAGAUACCGGCCGAUACCUCGACGAUACAUUUUUGUCUAACACGACCUGAAGUGGCCGUCAUGCCUAAGUCACUGAGACUCGAGAGAUGUCUACCAUCGACAUCGUCUGCGUCUGGCAUACCGUUGCCCGACCACUAUGUCGAGAAUGAUCCAAUCAUACAAACAAUUCUUGAGGCCAAGGCAUCAGAAUGCAAAUUGUCCAGGCACGAGAAACUUGUGAAGCUAUCCAGUAAAUCCUCCUGUCAGGUUUCUACUUGCCAAUGUAAUGGAUGGCGAGGUAGACGUGAUAAUCGUUUAAUGUCUUCAACUUGCACAAAAUCUGGCUGUAGUCAUCCUCUAUCUUCUCAUGUAUCACAUUUAGAAAGUGCCAAGGAUGAACAGUUAAAUACCUUACUAGGAUUAGUAUUUGAUCUCGAUAAUUUAUCAGUCACUGUAAAUAAAGAUUUAAAAAAGCCAAAUAUUGAGAGAAAUUAUGUGCAAGAAGACACUUAUGGUGCAGUUUAUCAUGAAUUACGGAACUUUGUGUACCCUGGAUCUUGUAUCACACUCGAAAAAUUAUUUGGUACUCCGCCAUUUGAAAAUCCAAACAUAGUUAAAGCUUUAAUGAACUUUAAUAUGUAUAAGUUUGGCCAUGACAGCUCUCAACUCAAAAUUGCUUUAAAAAUCAGUAAAUUUUUAACAAAACAUUUUGAUCUUUGGAAAUGGAUUUCUCCUAAAGAAUUACCACAUUGUAAAACAUUUCAACACAGGAAAAACUAUGAAUUCUAUUAUCAAAGAUACUUAGUAUUUUGUUUACUUCCCAAAUAUCUUCAUUCAAUUGCACCAAGCUUUAAAAUGAGCUUGAUAUUUGGUCAAGACAUACUUAAAUACACACUUAAAGCAUUUAGAAUGCAUUUAACAGACUGGUGUCAUGCAUCAGCUCCAAAAUGGUCAAAUCAUAGAAAACACUUUUGCAUGAGUUACUUACCUAAAUAUAUGAAUCUAUUAGAAGAAGAAGUAUAUGCUGUUCAUUCGCCUAUAUGGGAUUUGCAUUUUAAAGAUUCUGAUUUAAAAAAAAUCAUUUUAACUGAUUCUCUGGACUCUGGACUAGACGAAACUAAGGAAGCAGAACAUAAAGAUCGUAGAAAAAAAGAUAAACAUCCAAAUGAAGAUAUGUCAAUGAAACCAAAUGAAAAACAUACUAUUGAAGAUGCUUUAUCAGAAGAAAAAAUUAUAGACAUACUAAAAAAUGUUCAAAGUGGGCCUAUUACUUACUCAAAGGAGUUUGGAUUAGAAACUGGACCUCGAGGACAUCAAGCUCGAACAGAAGAAGAGCAUGGAAUUAUACGCUUUGUGGUGAUAGGUAAUUCAUUAGACUCAAGAGUCGAAAAAAGUACUAUGUUGUGGCUUAUGCAGUUAAGAAAUUUGUUUCGAACUCAAUUGCCGAGAAUGCCAGUUAGAUACAUUACUCGAUUAGUAUUUGAUACGAAACACAAGACAUUAGCUUUGUUGAAAGACGGCGUUCCAAUUGGAGGCAUAUGUUUUUGUCCAUUUGUCUCUCAAGGUUUCACAGAAAUAGUGUUCUGUGCAGUUAAAGUUGAUCAACAAGAAAAUGGAUAUGGAACACAACUAAUGAAUCAUUUAAAAGAUUAUCAUAUUCAACAUAACAUACUUAAUUUUCUUACUUAUGCCGAUAAACUUGCAAUUGAAUAUUUUAAGAAGCAAGGAUUUAGCCAAGAUGUGAGAAUAUCAAAGAAAAUACAUCAAGAAUAUAUUAAACAUUAUCAGGGUGCAAUAUUGAUGCAUUGUGAACUGAAUCCAAAAAUUAUUUAUACGCAAUUAACAUCAGUAAUACGUAUACAAAAAGAAAUAGUUAAGAGUCUGGUGGAAGAAAAACACAUGAAAAUAGAAAGACAUUAUCCAGGACUAACAUGUUUCUUAGACGGUGUACGCAUGGUCACAAUUGAAUCAAUACCUGGUGUAAUGGAUACUGGUUGGACACCUUCAACACGGGCAACAAGAAAUAGUCGUGUUACAGAAGAAACAACAGAUAUUGAUGUCUUAGCUAAACACCUAAAAAAAGUUUUGCAAUUUGUAAAAAACAAUGCAUUGUCUGAACCGUUUUUGAAUCCAGUUGAUAAAAAAGUUCCUGGUUACUACGAGCUUAUAAAGUAUCCUAUGGAUUUGAGUACAAUUGGUAAGCGAUUGGCUUCAGGCUACUAUGUUACUAGAAAGUUGUUUAUUGCUGACAUGAGACGAAUGUUUAGCAAUUGCAAAACAUUUAACCCAGAGGAUUCUUAUUGGGCAAAUUGUGCAGUUGAAUUGGAAAGACUUUUCCAGAUUAAAAUGAAAGAAAUGGGACUCUGGGAUUACUAAAUUUAGUUACAUCUAUAUAUUUUUGUAUUUAGUUUAAAAAAUAUAUGCGAUUGUAAAACCUUUUUAGUAGAUUAUUUAUAAAAAUAAAUCAUACAUAAAGGUAAAUUUUAUUUUGAUG